GCGUCCACUUCGUGCGCUCCGCCGCCGGGACAGGACCGGACCCUGCGUGCCAGGGAGCAGCCACCGCCGCCAGGAAUCCGGGAGCGGGCUCGGGGCUGGGCAGUACCGGGACCCUGCCGGGCAUGGCUGUACCGGGGAGCUGAGAGCCACUGACCCGCAGGCUGGGAAGUUGAUACCGAAGGUCAGCAAGUGAAGAGAGGAAUUCCUGGGGCGGUUCCAGCCAGGACCAAAGUCCCAACAAGAUGGAGAAGGAAGAGGAGGAAACACGGGAGAUCCUGCUCCCCAACUGGAAAGGAAGCGGCUCUCACGGAAUCACCAUUGAUCAGACGGAAGAUGGGGUCUUUGUGAAGCAGGUGGUGCAGACUUCCCCUGCUGCCAGAACUGUGAAGGAAGGGGAUCAGAUUGUGAGUGCCACCAUCUAUUUCGACAACCUGCAGUCCGGAGAGGUCACGCAGCUGCUGAACAGCAUGGGCCACCACACGGUGGGGCUGCGGCUGCAGCGAAAGGGGGACAAGUCUCCAUUGCCGGGACAGUCAUGGUCACACGAUGUGUUUUCACCCAGGAGCCCAGAAGUUGUUCUGAGUGGGGAUGAUGAAGAGUACAGGAGAAUAUACACAACGAAAAUUAAACCACGUCUGAAGUCGGAAGAUGCAGCAGAAGCUGAACACACAGAAAGCAGAACCAUUACCGUCACCAAAAAGGUCACAGCUUAUACCGUAGAUGUCACUGGACACGAGGGAGCAAGAGAGAUUGACAUCAGCAGCCCAGAAUUUAAAGUUAAGAUUCCAAGCCAUCAAGUCACCCAUAUAACAACAUCAGAAAUUGAAAAAGGACCUGGAAAAACUGUGAUCAAAAUACCACAGGUGGAUUUGUCUGGGAAAACAGACUUUAGUAUGGGGAUCAGAGGUAGACCUAGUGGCAUCUCAUAUUCUGGACCAACAGUCGAAUCAUCCACCAAAAGGUUGGACUUUGGUGCCCCUGACGUGCACAUGAAAGAGCCCAAGGUGGGCACUGAGAUAAAUGUCUCAGGACCUCAAGUCACAGGCAUUCACUCGAGAACCCAAACAGACUUUAAGCCAGCAGAAAUUCAAGUUCCAGGUGUGGACGUUGUCAAAUCGGUUAAUGUUUCUGGCACUAGAGUCACAAGCCCAGAGGGCAACUUGCCCAGAAUCGAUGCAAAUGGACAGAGGGGAAACCUGGAUGCAAAUAUUCAUAUUACUGGCCCUAAACUAAAUGGAAAAAUGGGUGUUUCAGGCAUUGAGGUUAAAACUGAAGUUCCAGGAGGCAAACUGCCGCAAUUUGAUAUUUCAGGCUCCAAGAUAAGAAGUGAUACAGAAGGUCCCAAAGUUGAUAUAUCAUUUUCAAAAAUCAAGGCUCCUUCAGUUGAUAUUUCUGGCCCUAAGAUUCAAGGUGAUAUCAAAGCUCCAAGGGUGGACUUUCCUCUUUCGAGCAUCGAAUGUGAUAUGCAGGACAUUAAAGCUCCAGAAAUUAACAUUGAAAGCCCAGGAAAAAUAAAAAUGCCUGUAAUGAAGAUGCCUAAAUUUGGUUUCUCACCUUCAGCUUCUGAUACUGAUGUUCGAGCACCACAGGCAGGUGUAGACAUUUCUGUGCCAAAGAUACAGGCUCCUCACCUGGAUAUCACAACUCCAUCUGUUCAUAUGGAAGGUCCAAAGGAAAAACUGAAAUGUACAGUGCCUUCAGGGGAAGGUGCUAACAUUGCAAAGCCACAUGUGGGUGUGGCUCUCAAAGGACCUCAGUUGAAGGGAGUGGUUGAAGUGUCCUCUCCAACACUAGAAGGUCCCAGAGUUGGUGUGAAGGGUCCCAAGGUUGAUCUUGUGGCUCCUGAUGUUGAUAUUCAAAGUGAUGAAGGAAAAAUAAAAUUGCCCUCAAUGAAAUUUCCUAAAUUUACUGCAUCAGGUUUCAAAGGGGAAGGCCCUGGUGUGGGUGUGACACUUCCUAAGGGGGAGAUUACUAUUGCAAGCCCCAAGGUAGACAUCAGCACACCAGAUAUAGACACUGGAGAAGAAUGGAAGGUCCCCAAAUUUAGGAAGCCUGAAUUAAUUAGUCAGACACCAAAAAUUUCUAUGUCGGAUGUGGACCUGAGUCUGAAAAGCCCCAGCCUGAAGGCAGAUGUGGGUAUUUCAGGGCCAAGGAUCGAAGGGGAUCUGAAAGGACCCACUGUGGACAUUAAAGGCCCCAAACUAGAUAUUGAAGCUCCUGGCAUUGACCUUGAAAGUCCUGAAGGUCAGUUGAAAGGGCCCAAGUUCUCAAUGCCUUCUUGGAAAAUGUCACCAUCAAAAGUAUCCAUGCCGGAUGUGGAUGUGAAUCUGAAAGGGCCUAAAGUGAAGGGAGACAUGGAUGUUUCCGUCCCACAAAUAGGAGGUGACCUGAAGGGACCUCAGAUUGACAUAAAAGGCCCCAAGCUAGAUAUAGAUGCUCCUGACAUUGACAUCAAAGUGCCAGAAGGACACCUGACAGGUCCCAAAUUUAAGAUGCCUGAAAUGCACAUCAAGACCCCUAAAAUCUCCAUGCCAGAAAUCGACCUGAACCUGAAGGGUCCUAAGCUGAAGGGAGAUGUGGAUGUUUCAGUGCCAAAGCUGGAAGGGGAGUUGAAAGCUCCUGGAAUUGACAUUAAAGGCCCCAAAGUUGACAUUGAUCCACCAGAUGUGGAUAUUCAUGGCCCAGAUGGUAAACUCAAAAUGCCUAAACUGAAAAUGCCUAAAUUUGGUGUACCUGGGCUGAAAGGGGAGGGACCAGAUGUGGAUAUAGCACUUCCAAAGGGAGAGGUGGAUAUUUCUGGUCCCAAGAUAGAUAUAGAUGCUCCAGGUUUGAACAUUGAAGGGCCUGAAGGACACCUGAAAGGUCCCAAAUUUAAGAUGCCUGAAAUGCACAUCAAGACCCCUAAAAUUUCCAUGCCAGAUGUGGACAUGAAUCUAAAAGCCCCCAAGCUGGAAGGGAGAUGUGGUAUUUCAGGGCCAAGGAUUGAAGGGGAUCUGAGACCCACUGUGGAUAUUAAAGGCCCCAGAAUAGACAUUGACGCUCCUGGCAUUGACCUUGAAAGUCGCUGAAGGUCAGCUGAAAGGCCCAAGUUCUCAAUGCCUUCUUGGAAAAUGUCACCAUCAAAAGUAUCCAUGCCGGAUGUGGAUGUGAAUCUGAAAGGGCCUAAAGUGAAGGGAGACAUGGAUGUUUCCGUCCCACAAAUAGGAGGUGACUUGAAGGGACUCAGAUUGACAUAAAAGGCCCCAAGCUAGAUAUAGAAUGCUCCUGACAUUGACAUCAGGCCAGAAGGACACCUGACAGAUCCCAAAUUUAAUAUGCCUGAAAUGCACAUCAAGACCCCUAAAAUCUCCAUGCGAAUCGACCUGAAUCUUAGAGGUCCUAAGCAAGGAGAUGUGGAUGUUUCAGUGCCAAAGCUGGAAGAGUUGAAAGCUCCUGGAAAUGACAUUAAAGGCCCUAUGGAUAUUGAUGCACCAGAUGUGGAUAUUCAUGGCCCAGAUGUAAAUCUGAAAUGCCCUAAACUGAAAAUGCCAAAAUUCAGCGUGCCUGGGUGAAAGGGAGGGACCAAGACUGGAUGUAACACUCCAAAGGGGGAGCUGGUUUCCGGUCCGAGGUACACAAUUGAUGCUCCUGUGGAUGUUGUAAGACCCAAGGGAGUACUAAAAGGUCAAUUUAAGAUGCCUGAAAUGCACAUCAAGACCCCUAAUUCCAUGCCAGACAUUGACUUGAAUCUGAAGCCCAAGCUGAAAGGAGAUGUGGGAUUUUCAGUGCCAAAGCUGGAAGGGGAAGUUGAAAGCUCUGGAAUUGACAUUAAAGGUCCGAAAGUGGACAUGAAUGAGCCAGAUGUGGAUAUUCAUGGCCCAGAAGAAUUCAAAAUGCCCAAAUUCAAAAUGCCCAAGUUUGGAAUGCCUGGGUUCAAAGGGGAGGGACCAGACGUGGAUGUAAGCCUUCCGAAAGGGGAGAUUGAUGCUCCUGAUUUGGAUUUUGGAGGGCCAGAGGGAAACUGAAAGGUCCCAUUUAAGAUGCCUGAAAUGCACUUAAGCCCUAAAAUCUCCAUGCCAGAUGUUGUACACUUGAAAGGUCCUACGAAGGGAGAUGUGGAUGUUGCUGUUCCGAAGAUACAAGGUGAUUUGAAAGGUCCUGAAUUUGAUCUUAAAAGUCCCAAAGUUGACAUUGAUGCACCAGUAGUGGAUAUUCAUGGCCCAGAUGGCAAACUGAAAUGCCUACUGAAAAUGCUAUUUGGUUGUACCAGGCUGAAAGGGGAGGGACCAGAUGUGGAUAUAGCACUUCCAAAGGGAGAGGUGGAUAUUUCUGGUCCCAGGAUAGAUAUAGAUGCUCCAGGUUUGAACAUUGAAGGGCCUGAAGGACACCUGAAAGGUCCCAAAUUUAAGAUGCCUGAAAUGCACAUCAAGACCCCUAAAAUCUCCAUGCCAGACAUUGACCUGAAUCUGAAGGGCCCUAAGCUGAAGGGAGAUGUAGAUGUUUCUGUUCCAAAGCUGGAAAGGGAAUUGAAAGCUCCUGGAAUUGACAUUAAAGGCCCCAAAGUGGAUAUUGAUGCACCCGAUGUGGAUAUUCACGGCCCAGACAGUAAACUGAAAAUGCCUAAACUGAAAAUGCCUAAAUUUGGUGUACCUGGGCUGAAAGGGGAGGGACCAGACAUGGAUAUAACAUUUCCAAAAGGGGAUGUGGAUAUUUCCGGUCCCAAAGUGAACAUUGAUACCCCAAGUUUAGACACUGAAGGGCCAGAAGGUAAAGUGAAAGGUCCAAAGUUUAAACUGCCUGAGCUAAAUAUUCAGACACCCAAAGUCUCCAUGCCAGAUGUGGACCUAGGUUUGAAGGCAUCUAAACUCAAAGGAGAUGUGGAUAUCUCUGUUCCAAAGAUAGAAGGUGAUUUGAAAGGACCCAGCAUUGACGUUAAGGGGCCUCAAAUUGAUAUUGAAGGUCCCCAAAUGGAUAUUGAUGUGCCUGAUAUGGACUUGGAAUGUCCAGAAGGCAAACUGAAAGGCCCCAAAUUUAGGAUGCCUAAAAUGAAUAUCAAGGCCCCUAAAAUCUCCAUGCCAGAUGUUGAUCUGAAUCUAAAGGCACCUAAACUGAAAGGAGAAAUGGAUGUUUCUGUUCCAAAGAUGGGAGGUGAUUUUAAAGGACCCAGCAUUGACAUUAAGGGGCCCAAAGUUGACACUGAUGUUCCUGAUGUUGACCUUGAAUGUCCAGAAGCCAAAUUGAAAAUGCCAAAAAUGAAGUUUCCAAAGUUUGGCAUGCCUGGCUUCAAGGGAGAGGGUCCUGACAUGGAUGUGAAACUCCCUAAGGGACAGGUGGAUAUUUGUGGUCCCAAAAUGGAUAUUGAUGCUCCAGGUUUGGACAUUGAAGGACCAGAAGGAAAAAUAAAAGGUCCCAAAUUUAAGAUGCCUGAAAUGCACAUCAAGACCCCUAAAAUCUCCAUGCCAGACAUUGACCUAAAUUUGAAAGGUCCCAAUCUAAAAGGAGACGUGGAUGUUUCUAUUCCAAAGCUAGAAGGUGAUUUGAAAGGUCCUGAUGUUGACAUCAAUGCCCCCUCAAUAGAUAUUAAUGCACCAGAUAUUGAGCUGCAGGGUUCAGGUGGAAAACUGAAAAUGCCCAAAAUGAAGAUGCCUCAAUUUAAUGUGUCAGGCACUAAACUUGAAGGACCUGAUAUAGAUGUAAAAGUGCCAAAGGGAGAGGUUGAUAUUUCAGCUCCCAAGGUAGAUAUAGAGGCUCCAGAGCUGGACCUUGAAGGCCCAGAAGGCAAAUGGAAAGGACCUAAAUUUAAAAUGCCUAAAUUAAAUAUUAAAGCACCUAAAAUCUCCAUGCCGGAUGUAGACUUGAAUCUCAAGGCACCGAAAAUGAAGGGGGAGAUGGAUGUUACUGUUCCAAAGAUAGAAGGUGAUUUGACAGGACCUGAAAUUGAUAUUAAAGGGCCAAAAUUAGACAUUGAGGCACCUGAUAUGGAUCUUGAGUGUCCUGAAGGAAAACUGAAAGGGCCGAAAUUCUCAAUGCCUUCUUGGAAAAUGUCACCAUCAAAAAUAUCCAUGCCAGAUGUGGACUUAAAUUUGAAAGGGCCCAAACUGAAGGGAGACUUGGAUGUUUCUGUCCCAAAGAUAGAAGGUGACUUGAAAGGACCUGAGAUUGACAUGAAAGGCCCCAAACUGGAUGUUGAUGCACCGGACAUCGGCAUUGAUGGGCCAGAAGGAAAAAUGAAAGGUCCCAAAUUUAAAAUGCCUGAAAUGCACAUCAAGGCCCCAAAAAUCUCUGUUCCUGAUGUAGAUCUGAAUUUAAAAGCCCCUAAAAUAAAAGGGGAAGUUGAUAUCUCAGCUCCUAAAUUUGAAGGAAAUUUGAAAGGUCCUGAUUUUGAUAUCAAAGGUCCCAAGGUUGAUAUUGAUGCACCAGAUGUGGAUAUUCAUGGCCCAGAUGGUAAAUUCAGAAUGCCCAAAUUCAAAAUGCCCAAAUUCAGCAUGCCUGGGUUCAAAGGAGAGGGACCAGAGGUGGAUGUGAAGAUUCCAAAAGGGGAGAUGGAUAUUUCUGGUCCCAAGAUAGACAUUGAUGCUCCGCAGUUGGACGUUGAAGGUCCUGAAGGAAGGCUGAAAGGUCCUAAAUUUAAGAUGCCUGAAAUGCACAUCAAGGCGCCUAAAAUCUCCAUGCCAGACAUUGAUUUGAAUGUGAAAGGUCCUAAACUGAAGGGGGAUGUGGAUGUUUCUGUUCCAAACCUGGAAGGUGACUUGAGGGGGCCUGAAUUUCAUCUCCAAGGCCCCAAAGUUGACAUUGAUGCACCAGAUAUGGAUAUUCACGGCCCAGAGGGUAAACUCAAGAUGCCUAAAUUCAAAAUGCCCAAAUUUGGCAUGCCUGGGUUCAAAGGCGAAGGCCCUGAUGUGGAUGUAAAACUUCCGAAGGGGGAUGUGGAUAUUUCUGGGCCCACGGUAGACAUAGAUGCCCCAGAUUUGAACAUUGAAGGUCCAGAGGGAAAGCUGAAAGGACCCAAAUUUAAGAUGCCUGACAUGCAUGUCAAGGCACCUAAAAUCUCCAUGCCAGAUUUUGAUUUGAACCUGAAAGGAUCUAAAGUGAAGGGGGAUGUGGAUGUUUCUGUACCAAAGCUAGAAGGGGAUUUGAAAGGGCCUGAGUUUGAAAUCAAAGGUCCCAAAGUGGACAUUGAUGCUCCAGAUCUUGAUAUUGAAGGUCCUGAAGGAAAAUGGAAAGGCCCCAAAUUUAAGAUGCCUGAAAUGCACAUCAAGGCACCUAAAAUCUCCAUGCCAGACAUCGACUUUAAUUUGAAAGGCCCUAAAGUGAAGGGGGAUGUGGAUGUUUCUGUUCCGAAACUAGAAGGGGAUUUGAAAGGCCCUGAGGUUGAUAUUAAAGGGCCUAAAUUGGAUAUAGAUGCCCCGGAUGUGGAGAUUGAAGGCCCUGAUGGGAAAUGGAAAGGUCCUAAAUUCAAAAUGCCUGAGAUGCACAUCAAGGCACCUAAAAUCUCCAUGCCAGAUGUUGAUUUACACUUGAAAGGUCCUAAACUGAAGGGAGAUGUGGAUGUGUCUGUUCCAAAGAUUGAGGGUGAUUUGAAGGGGCCUGAGUUUGACAUCAAAGGCCCUAAAAUUGACCUUGAUGCACCAGAUGUGGAUCUUCAUGGCCCAGAGGGUAAACUCAAAAUGCCUAAAUUCAAAAUGCCCAAAUUUGGAAUGCCUGGAUUCAAAGGGGAGGGACCAGACAUGGAUGUAAGUCUUCCGAAAGGGGAGAUUGAUCUCUCAGGUCCAAAAGUAGACAUUGAUGCUCCUGAUUUGGAAAUUGAGGGGCCAGAAGGAAAACUGAAAGGUCCUAAAUUUAAGAAGCCUGAAAUGCAUUUUAAUGUUCCUAAAAUUUCCAUGCCAGAUAUCGAUUUAAAUUUGAAAGGCCCUAAACUGAAGGGAGAUGUGGAUGUUUCUCUUCCUAAAGUAGGUGGUGAUUUGAAAGGUCCCAAAGUUGAAGUCAAAGGACCAGAUAUUGAUCUUGAGGCUCCAAAACUUGAUAUAGAAGGAAAGACAAAAAAAUCAAGAUUUAAACUUCCUAAAUUUAGUUUUUCUGGCCCUAAAGUUCAAAGCCCUGAUGUGGAUGUGAAACUUAAGAAAUCUGAUAUUGAUAUUUCUGGACCAAAGGUGGAUGUGAGUGCUCCAGAUGUGGACAUUCAGGGGAAAGCAAAAGGAUCUAAAUUUAAAAUGCCUUUCCUAAGUAUUUCAUCACCUAAAGUGUCAAUGCCAGAUGUGGAGUUAAAUCUGAAAGGGCCUAAACUGAAAGGAGACCUAGAUGUUUCUGGCCCAAAGCUAGAAGGGGAUUUAAAAGGGCCUGAAGUUGACCUCAAAAGUCCCCAAAUAGACAUCAGUGCACCAGACGUUGAUAUUCAUGGCCCAGAGGGUAAACUCAAAAUGCCCAAAUUGAAAAUGCCUAAAUUUGGAACACCUGGGUUGAAAGGAGAGGGACCAGAUAUGGAUGUAAAACUUCCAAAAGGGGAGGUGAAUGUUUCAGGCCCUAAAGUGGAUAUAGAUGUCCCUGAUGUGGAGAUUGAAGGCCCAGAAGGCAAAUGGAAAGGUCCCAAAUUUAAGAUGCCUGAUAUGCAUUUUAAAGCACCUAAAAUCUCCAUGCCAGAUUUUGAUUUGAACUUGAAAGGACCUAAAGUGAAGGGGGAUGUGGAUGUUUCUGUACCAAAGCUAGAAGGGGAUUUGAAAGGGCCUGAGUUUGAUAUCAAAGGUCCCAAAGUGGACAUUGAUGCUCCAGAUCUUGAUAUUGAAGGUCCUGAAGGAAAAUGGAAAGGCCCCAAAUUUAAGAUGCCUGAAAUGCACAUCAAGGCACCUAAAAUCUCCAUGCCAGACAUCGACUUUAAUUUGAAAGGCCCUAAAGUGAAGGGGGAUGUGGAUGUUUCUGUUCCGAAACUAGAAGGGGAUUUGAAAGGCCCUGAGGUUGAUAUUAAAGGGCCUAAAUUGGAUAUAGAUGCCCCGGAUGUGGAGAUUGAAGGCCCUGAUGGGAAAUGGAAAGGUCCUAAAUUCAAAAUGCCUGAGAUGCACAUCAAGGCACCUAAAAUCUCCAUGCCAGAUGUUGAUUUACACUUGAAAGGUCCUAAACUGAAGGGAGAUGUGGAUGUGUCUGUUCCAAAGAUUGAGGGUGAUUUGAAGGGGCCUGAGUUUGACAUCAAAGGCCCUAAAAUUGACCUUGAUGCACCAGAUGUGGAUCUUCAUGGCCCAGAGGGUAAACUCAAAAUGCCUAAAUUCAAAAUGCCCAAAUUUGGAAUGCCUGGAUUCAAAGGGGAGGGACCAGACAUGGAUGUAAGUCUUCCGAAAGGGGAGAUUGAUCUCUCAGGUCCAAAAGUAGACAUUGAUGCUCCUGAUUUGGAAAUUGAGGGGCCAGAAGGAAAACUGAAAGGUCCUAAAUUUAAGAAGCCUGAAAUGCAUUUUAAUGUUCCUAAAAUUUCCAUGCCAGAUAUCGAUUUAAAUUUGAAAGGCCCUAAACUGAAGGGAGAUGUGGAUGUUUCUCUUCCUAAAGUAGGUGGUGAUUUGAAAGGUCCCAAAGUUGAAGUCAAAGGACCAGAUAUUGAUCUUGAGGCUCCAAAACUUGAUAUAGAAGGAAAGACAAAAAAAUCAAGAUUUAAACUUCCUAAAUUUAGUUUUUCUGGCCCUAAAGUUCAAAGCCCUGAUGUGGAUGUGAAACUUAAGAAAUCUGAUAUUGAUAUUUCUGGACCAAAGGUGGAUGUGAGUGCUCCAGAUGUGGACAUUCAGGGGAAAGCAAAAGGAUCUAAAUUUAAAAUGCCUUUCCUAAGUAUUUCAUCACCUAAAGUGUCAAUGCCAGAUGUGGAGUUAAAUCUGAAAGGGCCUAAACUGAAAGGAGACCUAGAUGUUUCUGGCCCAAAGCUAGAAGGGGAUUUAAAAGGGCCUGAAGUUGACCUCAAAAGUCCCCAAAUAGACAUCAGUGCACCAGACGUUGAUAUUCAUGGCCCAGAGGGUAAACUCAAAAUGCCCAAAUUGAAAAUGCCUAAAUUUGGAACACCUGGGUUGAAAGGAGAGGGACCAGAUAUGGAUGUAAAACUUCCAAAAGGGGAGGUGAAUGUUUCAGGUCCCAAGAUAGACAUUGAUACUCCAGAUUUGGAAAUUGAAGCUCCUGAUGGAAAAGUGAAAGGCCCCAAAUUUAAGAUGCCUGAAAUGCAUUUCAAUGUUCCUAAAAUCUCAAUGCCAGACAUUGAUUUAAAUUUGAAAGGCCCUAAAUUGAAGGGAGAUGUGGAUGUUUCUGUACCAAAACUAGAAGGGGAUUUGAAAGGCCCUGAAGUCGAUAUCAAAGGCCCUAAAGUGGAUAUAGAUGUCCCUGAUGUGGAGAUUGAAGGCCCAGAAGGCAAAUGGAAAGGUCCCAAAUUUAAGAUGCCUGAUAUGCAUUUUAAAGCACCUAAAAUCUCCAUGCCAGAUUUUGAUUUGAACUUGAAAGGACCUAAAGUGAAGGGGGAUGUGGAUGUUUCUGUACCAAAGCUAGAAGGGGAUUUGAAAGGGCCUGAGUUUGAUAUCAAAGGUCCCAAAGUGGACAUUGAUGCUCCAGAUCUUGAUAUUGAAGGUCCUGAAGGAAAAUGGAAAGGCCCCAAAUUUAAGAUGCCUGAAAUGCACAUCAAGGCACCUAAAAUCUCCAUGCCAGACAUCGACUUUAAUUUGAAAGGCCCUAAAGUGAAGGGGGAUGUGGAUGUUUCUGUACCAAAGCUAGAAGGGGAUUUGAAAGGGCCUGAGUUUGAUAUCAAAGGUCCCAAAGUGGACAUUGAUGCUCCAGAUCUUGAUAUUGAAGGUCCUGAAGGAAAAUGGAAAGGCCCCAAAUUUAAGAUGCCUGAAAUGCACAUCAAGGCACCUAAAAUCUCCAUGCCUGACGUUGACUUUAAUUUGAAAGGACCUAAAGUGAAGGGGGAUGUGGAUGUUUCUGUACCAAAGCUAGAAGGGGAUUUGAAAGGGCCUGAGUUUGAUAUCAAAGGUCCCAAAGUGGACAUUGAUGCUCCUGAUUUUGAUAUUGAAGGUCCUGAUGGUAAAUGGAAAGGCCCUAAAUUUAAGAUGCCUGAUAUGCAUUUUAAUGCACCUAAAAUCUCCAUGCCAGAUUUUGAUUUUAAUUUGAAUGGUCCUAAAUUUAAGGGGGAUGUGGAUGUUUCUGGCCCUAAACUGGAAGGGGAUUUGAAAGGUCCUGAUUUUGAUAUCAAAGCCCCCAAAGUUGACAUUGAUGCACCAGAUGUGGAUCUUCAUGGCCCAGAGGGUAAACUCAAAAUGCCUAAAUUCAAAAUGCCCAAAUUUGGAAUGCCUGGGUUCAAAGGGGAGGGUCCAGACGUGGAUGUAAGCCUUCCAAAAGGGGAGAUUGAUGCUCCUGAUUUGGAUUUUGAAGGGCCAGAAGGAAAACUGAAAGGUCCCAAAUUUAAGAUGCCUGAAAUGCAUUUCAAUGUUCCUAAAAUCUCAAUGCCAGACAUUGAUUUAAAUUUGAAAGGCCCUAAAGUGAAGGGGGAUGUGGAUGUUUCUGUACCAAAGCUAGAAGGGGAUUUGAAAGGUCCUGAUUUUGAUAUCAAAGUCCCCAAAGUUGACAUUGAUGCACCAGAUGUGGAUAUUCAUGGCCCAGAGGGUAAACUCAAAAUGCCCAAAUUCAAAAUGCCCAAGUUUGGCAUGCCUGGAUUCAAAGGGGAGGGACCAGACGUGGAUGUAAGCCUUCCGAAAGGGGAGAUUGAUCUCUCAGGUCCAAAAGUAGACAUUGAUGCUCCUGAUUUGGAUUUUGAAGGGCCAGAAGGAAAACUGAAAGGUCCCAAAUUUAAGAUGCCUGACAUGCAUUUCAAUGUUCCUAAAAUCUCCAUGCCAGACAUUGAUUUGAAUUUGAAAGGUCCUAAACUGAAGGGAGAUGUGGAUGUUUCUGUACCAAAAUUAGAAGGGGAUUUGAAAGGCCCAGAAGUUGAUAUCAAAGGUCCCAAAGUGGACAUAGACGUCCCUGAUGUGGAGAUUGAAGGUCCAGAUGGGAAAUGGAAAGGCCCCAAAUUCAAGAUGCCUGAAAUGAAUAUCAAGGCACCUAAAAUCUCCAUGCCAGACUUUGAUUUAAACUUAAAAGGUCCUAAAAUUAAAGGAGACAUGGAUGUUUCUGUCCCUAAGAUAGAAGGUGAUUUAAAAGGUCCAGACAUAGACAUUAAAUCCCCCAAAAUGUCUGUUGAUGUUCCUGAUCUUGACUUUGACGGUCCAGAAGGAAAACUGAAAGGUCCUAAAUUUAAGAUGCCAGAAAUGCAUAUUAAAGCACCCAAAAUCUCCAUGCCAGAUUUUGACUUGAGUUUAAAGGGGCCUAAACUGAAGGGAGACAUGGAUGUUUCUGUUCCAAAGUUAGAAGGUGAUUUGAAAGGUCCUGAAAUUGAUAUUAAAGGCCCCAAAUUGGACAUAGAUGCACCUAAUAUCAACAUUGAAGGGCCAGAAGGAAAACUGAAAACUCCCAAAUUUAAGAUGCCUGAAAUGCACAUCAAGGCCCCUAAAAUCUCCAUGCCAGAUGUAGACCUGAAUCUAAAGGCACCUAAACUGAAAGGAGACAUAGAUCUUUCUGGUCCAAAAAUAGAGGGUGAUUUGAAAGGUCCUGAAUUUGAUAUCAAAGGUCCCAAAGUGGACAUUGAUGCACCAGACAUCAAUAUUCAUGGCCCUGAAGGAAAACUGAAAUUACCCAAAAUGAAGCUGCCUAAAUUCAGUACUCCUGGGUUCAAAGGGGAAGGCCCGGAUGUGGAUGUAAGUCUUCCAAAGGGAGAGGUUGAUAUUUCAGGUCCUAAGAUAGAUAUUGGCACUCCUGAUUUGAACAUUGAAGGUCCAGAAGGAAAACUGAAAGGGCCAAAAUUUAAGAUGCCUGAGAUGCACUUUAAGACACCCAAAAUCUCAAUGCCAGACAUUGAUUUAAAUUUGAAAGGUCAUAAAAUGAAGGGGGACUUCGAUGUUUCUGUUCCCAAGAUUGAGGGUAAUCUUAAAGGUCCUGAAGUUGAUAUCAAAGGCCCAGAAUUUGGGAUUAGAAGUCCUGAGCUUGAUGUUGAGUGUCCAGAUGUGGCCACUGAGGGCCUUGAGGGAAAUGUUAAACUUCCCAAAUUUAAGAAACCAAAAUUUGGGUUUGGAAUUAAAAGUCCUAAGGCAGAAAUCAAAUCUCCUGACGUGGAUAUUGCUGUCCCGGAAGGUGAACUGAAUGUGGAGUCUCCUGAUAUUGGCAUUUCUGGCAAAGGAAAAAAAAGCAAAUUUAAAAUGCCUAAACUUCAUAUGAGUGGCCCUAAAAUUAAAGGAAAGAAGGGUGGAUUUGAUAUGAAUCUACCCAGUGGUGAGAUAGAUGCAAAUUUGAAAUCUCCUGAUUUAGAUCUCAAUGUAACUGGUCCAGAGGCAACAAUAAAAGGAGAUAUUAAUGUCAAAUCCCCGAAAGGAAAGAAGCCAAUGUUUGGGAAAAUCUCUUUUCCAGAUGUUGAGUUUGAUAUUAAAUCACCAAAGUUCAAAGCUGAUGCUUCUGUGACAGUUCCUAAAAUGGAAGGAGAAUUUAAAGCACCCGAUUUGGAGGUUUCCACACCAGGUAUCAAAGGUGAUAUAAAGUCACCAGGCCUUGACAUUACAACCCCCAGUAUCAGCGCAAAUCUUCCUGAUGUUAACAUUGGAGGUCCUGAUAUCAAUCUUAAGAAACCUAAGGUCAGACUUCCAAGUGGAAAUAUUGAUAUAGCUGGUCCAAAAAUGGAAGGUGAUCUGAGACUCCCAGGUAUUGACACAAACAUUAAUGCCCCUGAUAUCAAACUUAAAGGACCUACAGUGAAUCUGCCUUCAGUGGACAUUUCUGCUCCUUCAUUCUCUGCAUCUGAUCUUGAUAUUAACUUGAAAGGACCAAAAGUAAAAGGUGAUGUCAGUCUUCCUACAGCAGACCUGGAAGGUCCAGAAGGAAAACUAAAAUUUCCCAAGUUCUCACUGCCCAAGAUAGGGAAACCAAGUCUGAAUUUAGAAGGAGCUGAUGUGCAGCUGCCCUCAGCAAGCGUGGAUGUAUCAGCUCCAAGUAUUGAAGGAGGUAUGAGUGUUCCUGCAACUGAAGGAGUAGAUGCAAAACUGAAGGGACCUCAGGUGACUAUGCCAUCAGUAAACCUUUCAAUGCCCCAAGUCUCUGGACCUGAUUUUGACGUAAACUUGAAAGGACCAAAACUAAAAGGAGACCUGGAUGUUUCUAGUGACCCUAAAGGUCCAAAGGUGGACAUACAUGCACCAGAUGUUGAUAUGAAAGGCUUUGGAGGAAAGCUUAAAAUGCCCAAAUUUAAAUCUCCAACUUUGGAGGGACCUCAAGCAGAUCUGAACAUGAAAGGGGACAUUGGAUUUUCUGCCCCACAAAUUGAGGGGGGCAUGAAAGCACCAGGUAUGGAUGUACAUCUCAGUGCCCCAGACCUUGAUAUCAAAGGGCCUACAGUGAAAACGCCAUCGGUAGGUAUUUCUGCCCCAGAUUUUGAUGUAAAUUUGAAAGGACCAAAGUUAAAAGGAGAUCUUGAUCUUUCUGGUGGCAUUAAAUCCCCAAAAGUGGCUAUAGAUGCACCAGAUGUUAACUUGGAAGGUCCAGGAGGUACGAUUAAACUUCCUUCACUGAAGCUUCCCCAAUUUGGCAUUUCUAGUCCUCAUGUUGAGGGGUCUAACAUGGGUGUGAGUAUUGAAGGACCACAAAUUAAAGGAGACCUUGCUGGCUCAGGGAUUGAUGGAGAAUUGAAAGGGCCUGCAUUUAAAAUGCAACCACUUCAAGUUUCAGCUCCAAAAAUCUCUGCACCCGACAUUGACUUAAACUUAAAAGGACCAAAUCUAAAGGGUGAUGUUAAUAGUGCUGGUGAUGUUAAAGGCCCAAAAGUUGGAGUGGAAGCACCAGAUAUCAGCAUCAAAAGUUCAGGUGGAAAUAUUCAAAUACCGUCAGUAAAACUGCCCAAAUGUGACAUUUCAGGUUCCCAAGGCAUGAAGGUUUCUGGGAUGGGUAUUGCAACUAAUGCUCCUGAUAUCAGUUUAACAGGUCCUGCCUUCAGUAUAUCAACACCAAAAGUUUCUGGGUCAGAUUUUGACGUAAAUUUGAAAGAACCUAAAAUCAAAGGAAGUUUCGGCAUUUCUGGAGACAUGAAAGCUCCUGAUGUAAAUGUUGGGGCACCACACUUGGGCAUUCAGCAUUCAGGUGGUGAAUUCAAAGGGCCACAGCUUUCAUCUUCUGGUUUUGAUGUAGAAAUGAAUGUGCCAGAUGUUGCAGGGGGUCUUUAUGUUUCUGGACCAAAGAUAGAGGGUGGUCUGAAAGGUCCCAAGGUAGGAAUCAAAGGUCCUGGCACAGAUAUGAAUUUUCCACAAAGUAACUUAGAUAGUGCAUCAGGAAAAGUGACAUUCCCCAGGAUGAAAUUGCCUAAAUUUGUGUCUUCAGGGCAUGAGGUAACUGGAAGAGAAGUAGGGGUUGAUGUUAACUUCCCUCCGCCAGAUGCCAGUCUCCAGGCUGGUGUGGUGGAGGCUGAGUUUGAAGAGCCAGAUGUCAAACUUAAGAAAUCUAAAAUUAAGAUGCCAAAGUUUAAUUUUUCAAAACCUAAAGGCAAAGGCACCAUUGUUGGCUCACCGGAAGCCUCAGUGUCCAUUUCAGGAUCUAAAGGAGAUUUAAAAAGUUCCAAGGCAAGUCUAGGUUCUAUGGAGGGUGAACUCGGGGGAGGGGAAGCUGCUGCCACUUCACCUAAAGGGAAGUUUUCGUUUUUUAAAAGCAAAAAGCCACGUCAUCGGUCAUCUUCCUUUAGCGAUGAACAUUCCUCCCAGUCAACCCCCACUGGCACCUUGGAGUUUGAGUGCAGCUCAGGAGCAGAGAAAGAAAAGCAGGCCAAGAUGAAAUUUGGAACAUUUGGAGGGAUAGGGUCAAAAACUAAAGGUUCUUAUGAGGUAACUGGAAGUGAUGAUGAAGCAGGAAAGAUGCCAGGGAGUGGGGUCUCAUUAACGUCCCAGAAACCCCGCCUGUCUUCCUCUUCGAGUAAUGACAGCGGGACAAAGGCGGGGUUCCGAGUGCCAGUGGUAGAACUGACCGUUGCCAAAAAGAAAGAGUAAAGCGUCCGUGUAUAUAUGUCUGUGUAUGUAUAUAUAUCUCUUCUGUGUUUGUAUAUAAAUUUCAUAGCUUGAAAUAUUUUCAGCCUCAGCAAUAAAAUGAAUGGUGCCUAGUGAAAUGUUAGAUGUCAUGUUGCCUACUCAAAAGAGAGGAGAGUUUAAAAGCAAGUGACCCUGGAGCUGUACCACAGUUCAUCUGAUGUAUUUGAAAGUUUCUUUGUGUUCAUGAUAUUUGGUUUGUGCAUUAAAUGCUGAGAGCUUAAGUUUACUAGCAAGCUAUUUUGAUAUCCUUUUCAUUUUACUGGAUAUUUUCAGUGUCGGUUUAUGGAAAUAAUGUUUCCAUUUUAAUUACCUUUUGGCUUUUAUUUGCAGGGCUUACAUUUCUAUAAUGAGAAUGGAUAUAUUGAAAACACUGUAAAAUAUAUAGAUACAACUGAAAUAUGUCACUUUCCCUUGUAAUGUGGGGUUUAAAAUGACACGGAGUGUUUAUCACAGAAAACUGUGGUUUCUAUUAGCUUUGGUAGUUGUGGUGGUAAGAAAAGUACCCCACUUUAAUUUAAGACUAGAGAAUCCGGGUUGCUUUUGAUAAAUGUCAUGAAGAAAAACAGAAUUUACCAAUAAACGACUAACCUGUUUUGGGUUGGAGUCGACUGACACCAUCUUAGUUGUCUCCGUAUAUUUGUUUCAUUAUUUGUAUUAUAAGAGAGGACUUUUCUUAGUUAUGGUGCAAAAAUCUGUGACUGCCACUUUUCUGAUAUUUGUUAUAAUUUCUGUUAACAAAUGUAUCUUGAUUUAAAAAAAAUCUUUCAGCACUUUAAUGGCAAAUGAAUUGAGAAUGUAAGAAGAUUGAUCUUGUAAAAUGCAAAUAAACUGUUUAUUAACCUUG